AAUUUUAUUGUUAAUAUAUCAAUUAAUAAACAACUUCUUAAAUUUCGUAUGUUAUAAACAAAUUAUUUAACUAUAUAAUUUAUUAAACUAUCGCGGUUUUGGAUUCAAAGUUUGGGCUGACAUUCUGGAGCUGGAUGCGCGCGAUUGUCGCGAAUGGCCGACACAAAAAUUGACAAAAAUCCAGCCAAGGAUGAAGGAUAACAAUCAUAUCAAGACUGAAUAAAGUGGCCAAAAUAAGCCAAGCUGAAAGACAUAAAGAUGUCUGAACCAGAGGACUGUCCGGCUGUACCGGAUAGUACAACAAGAGAACAACGCCUUGGUUUUUCUCAUGGUGAAGAUGUUUUACUUCAGCAUAAAGAUGGAAAAUAUUAUCUUGGUACAAUUGUUGAAGUUGAUUUAACAAGAGAUAAAUGUUUAAUUAAAUUUUUGGAUAAUACAUCAGCAUGGUCAUCUGUCAAGGAUCUAACAAAACUAACAAUGCUUGAUUCUGAUGUUAUGUGUGUACUAUGUAAAAAAUCACAACCAAAAAAUGACAAUGAUAUUGUUGUUUGUGAUAAAUGUGGAAGGGGUUAUCAUCAACUUUGUCAUCAGCCACAAGUAUCAAAAGAUGAUACAUCACCAGAUUCACAUUGGAUUUGUAAACGUUGUGUUGAUAGUCAACCAAGAAUAAGAGAAAGUAAUGAUCCAAAAAAUUCAAUGAUAAAAGCAAAUAUACGAAAAGUUUGUAGUGGUAGAGAUCAACCUCAACCACCACCAGAAGACAUGACAAAACUUCCAUAUGAUCCAAAUAUGUUACAAUGGGAUUCACAUCAUCGUGUUAAUGCUGAACAAAUAUAUUGUUAUUGUGGUUUAAAUGGUGAAUGGUAUACACAAAUGCUACAAUGUGCUAGAUGUAAACAAUGGUUUCAUGAAAAAUGUGUUAGCUGUUUAACUUAUCCUCUAUAUAGUGGUGAUAGAUUUUAUGUAUUUGUUUGUUCAACGUGCAAUAAUGGAAAAGAAUUUGUAAGACGUCUUGAAGUUAAAUGGGUUGAUCUUGUACAUUUAAUGUUGUAUAAUUUAACUGUAUACAAUGCUAAAAAAUAUUAUGAUUUGGAUACUAAAAUUAUUCCUUAUGCUGAAAAAAAUUGGAAUAAUUUUCAAUUACCAUCUAGAUUUCUUGAUGUUACAUCAAAAGAACUUAGAACAACAAUAUUAUCAGUUUUAACUGAUAAUAGAAAUCGUUUUAAAUGUGGUAAAGAAAUUAAAAAACGUACAACAAUAUGGGGUUUAAGAGUACGUUUACCACCACCAUGUCCAGUUGUUAAUCUUCCACCAACUGGUUUUAUUGAUGAUGAAGUAUUAAAACGUUGUUGGGGUGGUGUUAAUAAAAGACUACAAUAUUUAUCUCCAUUAUCUACUUCAAUAUGUUCAACUCUUUCAUCAUCUUCAGCUUCAUUGGCAGUUGAUAAUCCUGAUUCAACUAUUCCUUCUCCAUCACACAAUUUAAUUAAUUUACAAGAUAAUACAAAACAAUUGACGUCAUUUAAACAAAGCCCAGCUGUGAGUGUUGAAAUUUCAGUAAAUCCAUCAGAUGUUGUAGCACAAAAUACAGUAUUUGAAAAAACAAUUCAAAAUAAUCAUCAAGCAUGUCCAAGUUUAACUAAUAAUCAGACAGAUAUAUCAACUCAAUCAUUGAGAGAAAGGUACAGUGGUGGUGGAUUUGUUAAAAAAACUGUCCCAUUUCCCAAAUUAAGUUUACAAAAGAAAAGAAGAUUGAUGUCAAUUGAUGGUACACGUGAUACAAUGCUGAGAAAAAAUGUUAAAAUUGACCAAGCUGAUGAUGAAUUGACCAAAGCACAAGAGGAUCGUAAAGCAAUAUUUCGAAAAGCUAGAAAAUUAGUUAAAAAUGCAAUUGCAAAGAGUAAACCAAGAAGUCUUGAUGCAACUGAUUUACCACCAACACCACCAACAUCAAUAUCAAAUCCUCCAACACCACCAACAACAUCAACAACAUCAUCUCUAUCUUCUUCAUCAUCAUCAUCAUCCUCUUCAUCAUCUUCAUCAUCAUUAUCAUUAUCAUUAUCAGCAACAAGUGAAUUAUCAGUGCCAAAUUUAGUUGAUUUACCAGCAACAACACCAGCAGAUGAAACAAGUGGUGAUGAAACAAGUUCACGUGGUACAUUAGAUUCAUUUAUACCACCACCAAAAGAUUUUGAAGGAAAAAAUAAUCCAUUUCGUAAUCUUAGUGAAUUACUUAAUCCUGGUCAAGUUAAUAAUACAACAAUUAAUUAUAAUAAUUGUCCAAUAACAUUACCAUUACCAUUAACACCUGUGAUAACACAACAACCAAUAAAAAGGCCAACAAAACGUCAAUUAUCAGAAAAAGAUAUUAUUGUUGAUAGUAAUGGACAAGUUAAAAGACGUAGACAACAUAGACGUGGUAGACCACCAAAUUCACAAAAUCAACAUCAACAAACAGCAGCAAGUAAAAAUGCUGCAAUAUUACCACCAAGAACAAAUGAUAUUAAAGGUGAAUUUGUUAGAAAUUUAAGAAGUUCAUUAAAUAAUAAUAAUAAUACAACAACAAAUAAUCAAAUUGGUAAUUGUGUUAAUUAUGCAUUAAAUGGAAGAAGACUUAGACAACGUCAAAGUAAUGAUAAAAUAAUACAACAAGAAUUACAACAACAACAACAAAAAUUAAUUAAAAGUGUUCCAACUUCACCAAAGUGUUCACCUGUUAAACAAAAUGCACCAGAUAUUAAUAUGGAUGAUUUAAAAUCAUCAGUUAAUAUGUAUUUUGGUGCUGCAAAUAGAAUUGCAUCUGGUGAAAAAUUUGUUAUAAGAGCCAAGAGAAUAGGUCCAAAUGGACAAUCACAGUAUCUUAUUGAAUGGGAAGGUUUCAAAACAUAACGGUAAUGGAUUUUAUUUUUUUUAAUUAUUAUUUUCUUAUAUUAAACAUUCAUUUUUUUGGCUUAUGUACACAAAAAGUAUUUGACAAUUUAAUCAAAUACUACACAGCGUAGAAGUGACCAAUUUAAUUAUAUUUUCUUUUUUGUUUUUUUUUGUUAAUUAAAUUGAAAAAUAUGGACUGCUUAACAGAUUUUUUUUUAACUUACUGCCGUUUAUUUAAUUAAUUUACAACGUUUGGCUUUAAAUAACUUUUGAAUAGAAAAAAAAAAAACCAAAUAAAAAAUUAUUCACUGUAAAAAAUUACCGUCCACAAAUUCAUAAAUUUAAUUGAGAAAAAAAAAGUUAACGAAAUCAUUUUUUUUGUUUUUCCAUGAAAGUAACGUUAGUUAAUUGAUUUUUAUUUUUUUCUUUUUUUUUUUUGUAAAUAUAGAAUAAAAGAUGGGCAAAUAACGUCAACUUAUAUAUAAGCCGUGAAUAUAAAUAAGAUUAAAUGUAAUAAAAUUGAAAAAAAGAUUAAAAAAAAAAAAA